AUGGACACGGUUCUCUGCGUCUUGACUCUCAACAUUUACUAUGAAAAAUUAUUCAUUUUCCUCUGGUUUUGGCUAUUAUUUGUUGCGAUUGUUUCAACAAUCAAUUCAAUGAAAUGGGUUUAUUCGUUGUGCUCUUCGACAAAGGUGAGGGUUUAUAAGAACGACUGAAAGUGAACACAACUUUCAGGCACAAAAAGUAAUUCAAAACUAUUUGUCAACCGCUCCUAUGAAAUCACAAAUCACCGACGAACAAUUUUUCCGAACUCUUGGACCUGAUGGACUUUUUGUUAUGGAACAAAUGGCUUUGAAUUUAGGAGAUAUUCCAGCAAGGUGAGCGAGGAUUGAGAUAAAAUGAUAGGGGAAGUGUUUCUUUGGAUUUGAACAAAUCAAAUCCGAAAAAAUAACUUCCAAACUCUCAAGAUUACCAAAUUCCCAAAUUUUCGUUUUGUUGCGCAAAAAUGACUCAAAGUUUCCAAUCUCAAUCCACAAAAUUAAUGAAGCGAUUUUCAGUAGGUCAGGGUUCUCAAUCAACCUUAUCGCUUUCAUUUGUACAUAUUUUUACUUUUUAGAAAAAUAGGUUAAAAACUAAACUAAAGUUCAUGUUCAAGUUUUCCCCUCACAAUACUUAUUAGAAAUCUUUUCAUUUUCCGAAAAAGUUCCACAAUCUGCCGAACGAAUAAAAUAAAAGAUGAAACAAGUUUUGCAAGCAACUUGUAAAAUGAUUGAAAAUCGCGAUAGAAAAGAUGAAAAUCUUGAGACUUUAGAUAUAAUAGUAUUAACAGCUGAAGCAUAUAUAAUUUUGUUUUUAUUACUUUUUUUUUGUAAGAAAAAAACUUUCACUGGAAUUCGGAUUCUAGGAAAUUUCCGGAUUUUUCAAAAACUGAAAUUGAAAUUUGUUGUGAUGAAUUUGAAACAACGAAGGAAGAGAAUGAAAAUAAGAAAAGAAAGAAGUACACUUGAAAUUUUCGAACAAAAACAAGAACUGGUCAUUUUUGCGUCAGAAUAAUUGGAUCGGCAAAUUUUGAAUAAGAGGAAUUUGAAAAUGAUGAGCUGAAAAAAAGUUUAGAGAAGUCUAGAGCAAAGCUCAACCUUCGCCUGAGUUUCGAACUCCAUUUUCAGAAACCCAUUCCUCCAGCGCGAGGUUUCGGGACGUAGUCUUUAUUUUUUCAAAUCCGAGUCCGAUUUCCUCAUCUCCAUAAUAACUUAAUUUACCAAGAAUUUUCCUCAAAAAUUAAACUACUUUUUUCCAGUUAUUUGACAAUUUCAAUGCGAAACAUUUGUCAAAAUUGGGCUGAUUCUGAAGACGAAUACGACGACGAUCGACAACCCUUAACAACCAUCAAAAGUCAUUAG